ACAACCAAGCCCAGCUGCCGGUGACAUUUUCCCUUGAGAAAACCGGUAAGAAGCUUGGAUUUUCCCCUUAUUUUCUUGUUCAAGAACCAGAUUCGGAGCUUAGAAAUCUCCCCCCUGUAAGAGUUUCUAGAUCUGCUCUGCUUUGCUACUCCCGGCUGCUGCUCUGCUGUGUGGGGGUGCGAAUUGCUCGGGUUUUUUUUGGCCGUGAGCUUCUUCUCCAAAUUCUUGCUGGCUUCCCCUAGAUUGCAGCUCCGGUUGCUUGCUGGAAAAUUCGGUAUGUUGACAGCCCUUCCAAGCUUGAAAUCUCAUCAAUUGGUUGCUGAAUUAUCCAUGUAAUUAUUGCCCUGUGUGUCUGAAUUUUUCUGCUGGAAAUAGGGGAGAAAUUUGACAGUAAUUAGAGCAUAAUUGAGCUUAAUUCAUGUAUAAAUUAGCUUAAUUGACUACUGUGAGAUUUUGGAUAACAAUCCCGUGAAAUUAGCUAGUGUUUUGGCCAAUUUUGGAAAUGCAGUUACUGUUCACAUUCACUGUUCAUGAGUACUGUUCAUGCACUAAUGACCAACAAUUAAAGGGGGAUUUAAAUGUUUAGUUUGUAAUAUAAGAACGAAUUUGGAGAUAUUUGGUAAUGUGGAGAUUGAUAGAAAUAGCAUCGUGAUUAGGGAGUAGUCACGGUGAUUUUACUUUGAAUCCGUGGUAAGAUAAUUAAUUUUUGGAUAUUUUGAUUAGGUUUCUGAUCAUUCUAUCAGUUUAGCACUGAGAAAGUCUUCGAUUUUAUGCUGAUUUUAUGUGAGUGAGGCGAACCCAACUUCAAUCCAAGUCGCAAACCCAGGUGUGACCUGGAUUCAUUGUUCAUGGGUUCGUGAAGAACCCAAGCUUAGGUGGAUUCAUCUUGGGUUCUUGACGAACCCAGGUGCGCGCUGGGUUCUUCACGAACCCAGGAUCAACCCAGCUCAUGCUUGGGUUCCCGACGAACCCAGCGCGACCUGGGUGGGUUUGUCCUGAGUUCACGACAAACCUAGUAAAGAACUCGACUCAAUCUGUGGAAGCUAAGGACAGCGCGAGCUGGGUUGGGUUUGUUAGGAACCCACGAGCUGGGUUCCUUGCGAACCCAGGCUCCUGGGUUCGUUGGGAACUCACGAACUGGGUUCCUCACGAACCCAGGCUCCUGGGUUUGUUAGGAACCCCGGAGCUAGGUUCCUCGCGAACCCAGGCUCCUGGGUUCGUUGGGAACUCGCGAGCUGGGUUCCUCGCGAACCCAGGCUCCUGGGUUCGUUGGGAACCCGCGAGCUGGGUUCCUCGCGAACCCAGGCUCCUGGGUUCGUUGGGAACCUGCGACCUGGGUUCCUCGCGAACCCAGGCUUCUGGGUUCGUUGGGAACCCGCAACCUGGGUUCCUUGCGAACCCAGGUUCCUGGUUUCGCCUAGAGCACCCUCGCGAACCCAGGCUCCUAGGUUCGUUGGGAACUCGCGACAUGGGUUCCUCGCGAACCCAGUGGGAUUAUACACUAGUAAAUCGUGUGCCUGCCAAUGAGAGGUUUAUAACACUGGCCAUGACCUAUGGAGGAGAUGUCUAUUUCGUUUCCGUACUCAUACCUGUUUUUCGUGAUUGUACUGGAAGCGAAACCGAGGAUAGGGAAACCACGGGAAGUGAUGAGUUAGAAGGGUAGCCAUUUUGAGAUUUGAUAUAGAUUUUAGAAAUAAAUCAUGAUCUUGUAAACUAGACUUUAUUGGAGAUUUAUGAUAUUAGAGCAAAUUAUAAAUUUUGAUCUUCAAAUUUUGACGGUAUCAAGUUGUGGUAUGAUAAGUUCCGAGCCUUGUGCAUUUGUGGGACCCCUCUCAUAAGUGCACAGCAUUUGGCACGUCCUCGGAUUUGGGUUCUGGGGCGUGACAAACUUUGUGGUAUCAGAGCAUAGAUUUAAAUUAAAAGCUGAGAAUUAAAUUAAGCACCUCCAGAUUGAGUGAUAUUAGAGCUUAGGUUUAAUUGAAUACCUAGGAUUUGUUUUGGACUUGGCUAGCCAAUAACCAUGGUGAGAUGAGUGAUGGGGUUAUAUAAGGGACGAUUCUGAUUCAUGUUGCCUGAAUUAUCCAAUCCAUUUUGAUGAGAUGGUGAUCGGAUUGUUCUUGUUUCUUGCCUUCAUACCCUGUGUAGCUUCAUGAAAUUAAUCUUGUCUGCCAUGUUCUUAAGACCUUGUUUUGAAACUUGGUCAUUUUCUGAUAGUCUGCACUUGUCUAGACUUGUUAAUUGAAUAAAAUUUUUGUAUGCUCUUUUGCCACAAUUGUAAAAUCUGGGGAGUUGUAGAGAUUUUUUGCUACUGAUCUUAUUGGUCUCUACAGCAUAGCUGGUUGAGCAAUUUGUUCUGUUGUCACAUGACCAGUGGAAGAUGGGCAACCUUGUACUUUGUAAGAGAUUCAAGGCUAUUUUAGCAAAUGUUGUGUGUUUCCUAGAUGCGUUUUAGGAGCUGGAUAACUUGGUAAUUCUGUUGCUCCUUAUCUUCAUGGUCUUUUCAUGUGGCUCAUUUUUCUGUAUUGGUUAAUCAAAAACAGUAAUCAAUUUAAUUGAAAUUG